UGGUCGCCGAGCGCCUCCGUAUCGCCGCCGCCGCCGCGCGCCCUCACCCGCAGUCCUCCCGCCGCGCCGGCUCUGCACGCUCCACGCUAGCCGCAUCAUGGUAAUGGACAACCGAAUGAGCGAAGAUAAUGAAAACGAACGUAACUCGGCAAUCUUCGUAACAAAUUUUCAAAAUGGUGAAGUCGUAAAUUAUUCGCUGGUUUUAAUCAAAGGGAUAAUAACAAGAGGAAACUCUAAUAACCAAGACAAACUGUUAUGCACAAUUACAAGCGAUGGCAUUCAUAACAAAUCACAAUGGCUUGUUUAUAAUGGAGAAUUUAAAAUAAUAUUAGAACUUAAAAAGGGGGAAAAUGUGAUUGAAUUAGAAUAUGCAGGUCAACAAAGAAAAUCUCUACUCUUGGAAUAUACACCAAGGAAAACUAAUCUCAGAGUCACCCCAAUUUACAUUAUAUGUCAAGGUCAUGACGGAUAUUUUCAGAGCCCACCUGAUGUUGACAAUUCAACCGAAAGUGCUUGCUCCCGCAUAGCAAUCUGCUCAAAACUAAUUCAAAGUAUAACAGCUGAAAAGUUAUUUGAAAGUGGUGUUGGACGAAAGACAUUUCAGCUUGAACAUGAAAUUACUAUGAAAAAACCUGAAUGUAUAAUUUUCCGAAGUAGCCUUAAUGUUAACAAGGCCAGGAAAAUGAAGCAGGCCGAGUUGUGGGCUCAUUUUGGAAGAGAGAUAAUGCUUUCAGAUUUAGGCAGCAAUGAACGAAAAUUUUUGGGAUUUAUAUCAUGUACAAGAUUUAAAGGCACUGAUAUUGAUAAGCCUAUGACUCAUGACGAAAUCGUUUCCUUAACUGAAGCAUAUGCUGCUCUAGGUGGAGGCGGAUUAGCCUUAUUUGGAACGGCUUGUUUAUAUACUUGGCCGACAUGUAUUGAGGAAAUUGUUCCCAAAUUUUUAGAUUCAACUCCAGUGAAUACUCAUAGAUUCAUGGACGAUAGUGGAUAUCGGGGGACCCUGGGCGGAUGUUUUGCAACCACUUUAGGUUCAGUGUUUCACGAAUUAGGGCAUACUUUUGAUCUCGGUCAUACAAAAGAUGGUAUCAUGGGGAGAGGAUUUGAUAAUAUUGAUCGUGUCUUUCUAGUUGGCGAAAAAAGAGCAUCUCUGGUAAAAGAUAAUAUGAACAACUAUAAUGGAAAACCAGUUCAACAUUCUACAGUAUCACUUCAGCGUAACAUUAGCGUCACAAUGAACGUAGCAGAACCACUACGAGUUUUGGGACCAAGAAGUAAAACCACGCUGGGUAAUUUUGCUUCUAUGUCGAAAUCUGAUAUAAUAAGACGAGGUCCAAAUAUUACUCCAAUUACAAGACCUUCAAGUGUAUAUUCUAGUAUAACAAAUAAGCUAUCUGAUUCUAAAAGAAAUGUUAAUAGAAUAAACGGGAAUGACUCAAUUUAUUGGACCAGGAACUGCGCAGUUUUAUUAUCUUAUCAUCGAUGGUUUAACAAUGAAUACGGCAGAGAAAGACAAGCUAUAACGAGAUAUUUGAAAUUUGAUAAAAAUAAAAUGAUGAUAAUAUCCACAGCUGGAAUCAGAAUAGUCGAAGUGCGAGAUGAAUCAAAUGGAAUGGUUUUAGAUUCUUACGAAUUUACCAAUCUGUUGCCUGAGAAAAGAUUUUUGGUACCAUUCACAUUUUCACCUAAAAGUAAAGUUUUAACUAUUGUAGUAGAAGAUGAUCUAGGAAAUGUAUUGAAACAAACAUUUUCUUAUUGAGUGGUAAUUC